AGAGAGAGAGAGAGAGAGAGAGAGAGAGAAAGAGAAAUAGAGAAGAAAAAGGAAAAAAAAAGAAGAUACAAAUUUAUUUAACAAAACGUUCUUUUUUUCCUGUGAUCGCCACGGCAAUCUGGCGAGUAGAGUUUGAUACUUAUCGGGAUUUAUAAACAGUCAACUCGUCGAACUCUCGUUCAGUAAGAAACUCCUCGUGUAUUAGGACGGACGCGUGUUCUGUUAAUUCCGCGAUUUAUACAUACAUAUAUUACAGAUAUCUAUUAUAUAAGUAUAUAUAUAUUACAUAGAUAUAUAUAUGUAUAUGUAUAUGUUAUAUUUAUUUACAUACACACGUAUGAUAAAUAAUUUUUUGGAAAGGUCAAGUACAUAGAAAAAUUUUUUGCAUUUGAAAAUGUAAGGAUCUAUGUUUUGAAAUAGAAAAAGAAAGAGAGAGAGAGAAAGAGAUAUUAUUCCUGGCUUACGAAGAGGAACGAUCAAGUGAAUAGAUAAGCUCUUUUUUCAAUAGAGAGAGAGAGAAGAGAGAAAAAUCGCUUGUUUCGUCGAUACAAUGACGAUCUCUCGUAUUUUACGUUCAACGACGUCUCUUUAACGAGUCAGCAAGAAGAGAAUUAUCCAAGAACGAGAGAGAGAGAGAGGGAGAAUCCAACGUUAUGGAAACAGAGGAAAUCGAUAACAAUUGGCGCAAAUUGCAAGAGAAAUGGCGCGAAGAACAAAGAAGAAAUUGUCAAGAUGGAAGCAUCACGUCGAAAGGAUGGUGUCCUGAGAUCUGGGAUGCAAUAACUUGCUGGCCUUCCACGCCAUCAGGUGAAAUGGCUGUUCAUUCUUGUCCCGAUUACAUUGUAGGAUUCGAUACUCAGGAGAAUGCAACGAGGCAAUGCAUGUCUAACGGCGAGUGGUACUGGAAUUCUGAGACAAAUAGUACUUGGAGCAAUUACACGCAGUGUUAUACGACACCAUCAGUUACAGUUGUAAUGGGCAUACCGGUUCAUUCGAACAACGUCACUCUUAUUAAGAAUUAUCUUCCCAUACUGAAAGCCAUUUCAAAAGUAGGAUAUAGUGUAUCCUUAUUCACGCUAAUUAUAGCAUUUUGCAUUCUUGCGAUUAUUAAGAAAUUAAGAUGUCCAAGGAACAUGUUACACAUGCACACGUUCGUUUCUUUCAUAAUGCGAGCGUUUAUGGCACUUCUAAAAGAUACCAUCUUCAUAUUUGGAUUCGGUCUUUCAUCGGACAUCCUCAUCAAAAAUGGUGAAAAUUAUUUGCUACGCAACGAAUCUGAAAAUAAUUGGAAUUGCAAGAUGUUCACCAGUUUCUGGCAAUAUUUCAUACUGGCGAAUUACUUCUGGAUUCUCAUGGAGGGUCUUUAUCUUCAUAAUUUAGUCUUCCUGGCACUGUUUACCGACGCAAAUUCGAGCAUAGCCGUUUACGUCGGCUUAGGAUGGGGAUUACCGAUGGUAUUCGUAGUAUCUUGGAUUAUAUGUAGGAUUAUCUUCGAGAAUACUUUUUGUUGGACAACUAAUGAAAAUCCAUAUUUAUUUUUAUUGAUUCGAAUACCGACUAUGCUUUCCAUAUUGAUAAAUUUCGUUCUCUUCGUCAACAUCGUACGAGUAUUACUGUCGAAGUUAAAGUGCACCGUAUCGGAGGAAACUCAAAGAUACAAACGAUGGGCAAAAAGUACAUUGGUUCUGGUGCCACUUUUUGGAGUACAUUAUACAGUUUUCUUAGGUAUGUCUUAUAGUAUGGGAGUCGAUGAAACGGUAGAAAUUGUUUGGCUUUUUUGCGAUCAAUUCUUCGCUUCGUUCCAGGGUUUUUUCGUAGCAGUACUUUACUGUUUCAUGAACAGAGAAGUAAGGGCCGAAGUAUUAAGGGCAUUAAGGAGCAAAAAAUGGUUUCAUUUUCGAUACGACUCAAGACCUACUGUUCCAUCGGGUGGUAGUGUAUGCAGUUGCAACACGUCGAAAUUUGGACGACGUGGUAAAAGACCAAAAUGGCUAGCAAAACAAUGGCCAUGUUUUUAUCACGAUCGCGAAGCUCAUCGUUCAACGCACUCGAUGGCGAGUACACAAGAUAUUGGAACGCGAGGAGGUAGUUUAGCUAGCAGCAGAGGUUACCUGGACGUCGUUGGGAACGGAUCCAACGCUCUAUCGAUGGAUCAUCACAAGUACAUCAUGAAUCAUACUACGCCGCUUUGUAGUAAAUGCACGGAUCAAUCAUUACUAUCGUUUUCCUCGAACAUGUCCGAAAUGUCCUUGAAUGCGGAAAAGAUUCGUGAACGGCAUAGAUGGAGUGACUCGGAAUGUUGUCAGCUUACUUACGAAUUGCACAAUCUUCAACAUCAUACGUAUCACUGAUAAUAUUAUUAUACGUUAGACUUUUAAAGGGUACGUUUAAUUUUCGUUUGAUCUCUUUCUCUCUUUCUCCCUCGGAGCACAGUCUCACGUUGUAUUUAAGCUCGCAAUCGUAACGUUCGAGAAUUAUUAUUUUAUGAGAGUAUGCUUCGUCGGACUAUAGUAAUGUGAAAAUAUUUUGUAAAAAUUAAUACGACCCAAUGGUAUUUUAAUUAUAUAAAUACUUUGGAACACUAAAUAUAUAUGUAUAUGUAUAUAUAUAUUUUUAUGCUUGACAGAUGUGAAAUAAUAUAUUUAGAAAAGAAUAUAUUAAUAAUUGAACAACUUGUGUCGUGGAUCGAAUUAUAAAAGAAUUUAUCGAACGUGGUAUAAAGUACGUGUUCCUAAUUUAUAAUUUAGUGUUGUAAAUUUGUACCAUCAUUGUAACUGAUAUUUAUUCUUAGUCAAAUUUAUCAUAUUAAUCGCAAUAUAAAUAUAUUCAUCCUUAUAAUAAUUAGGCAAAUACCGUAAAUCGCUCACUACUUAUAAUUAAGCAGUAAAUGUCGUUUAUUAUUUUAGGAAUAUAAACCUUUUAUCCUGAAAAAAAAAUUUAUUUCUAUGAUGAUACCUUAGAAAAAUGUUAUUUAUAUAAUGUGCAGUCUUUAUGUAAUUCCUACAUGUUUUGAUGACAUAUUGAAGGAAACACACCACCCGUUAUAUAAACCAAGUUAGAACUAAUACCAAUACUCUAAACCAAUUGAAUAUUAUUUAGCAAUAGAAUUGUCAUUCGCUCAAAUGAUAGGUAAAGAGCUCUCUAUAGCGUAAUGAUAUCUAUAUGAUUAUUCUUGUCAAUGUUAAAAAAAAAAAAAAAAAAAAAAAAAAUAUCAGAAUUAUAAGUAAGACUUAUAUAUAUAAAGUUAUAUGGUAAACGUUAUUGUGUCGAUGUUGCAAUAAAAUUAAGAAAUUAUGUAUACUUAGUA